AUGGCGGAAACAAAUAACCCUCUGGCGGGGUCUUUAAGCUCUGUCCCGAGUGUGUCAUGCGUAAUACUCACAAUCGCUGGCCUGAAAGUGAACGUAUACGGAUUGUCCGAGUUGCCAGAGGGCGCGAGUAAAAUAUCGUGUCUAUGGCUGCAUCACCCGAGGCUACGAUCUAAAGAUGACAUGACGAAUGUCGCCGACCAAAUUCUAUCCGCAUAUCACCAGAAGUCGUCCUCUGAGCGCGGCUUGAUCGCUGUCGCUUUCGACCAGCGAAACCACGGCACGCGGCUCGUGGACGCACGGGCAAACGAUGACUGGCGGAGAGGAAAUCCGACGCAUGCUCAGGACAUGUUUGGGAUCAUCACGGGCACAGUUGUGGACACGAUUCACUUGCUCGAUUUAAUAGAGGGCCAUCUUUUCGGCGCUGGGGAUGGUCCCGGUGCCGCAUCCAAUGGCGGGAAGAGGCAUAUCGAUCACAACCUAGUCCUAGGCGUCAGCCUAGGUGGGCAUUCGGCUUGGCAACUCUUGUUCGCGGAUCCUAGAGUCACGGCUGGUGUCAUGGUGAUUGGGUGUCCUGAUUAUUCAUAUCUCAUGAAAGAUCGCGCACGACUAUCAAAACUGCAAACUUUCAUGGAGAAAGACGGUCAAUCUUUCUUUGGCAGCAAAGACUUCCCGGAGUCAUUGAUCAAGGCGUGCAACAAGUAUGAUCCAAGGAGCAUCUUGUUCAACAGUCGAGACAAGGCCCUAUCAGCUAAGGAUUCCGCAACCUUCCGCCCCAUACUUGACUCGAGGGUCUCCAAAAAGAGGUUUCAAGUCCUCUCCGGCGGAGCAGACAAGCUCGUCCCGUACAGAAUCAGCGAGCCAUUCAUGCAAUUCUUCAAGAUUGCCACAAACAGCUGGUACUCCGAUGGAGGUAUUUACGUCGAAGACAACGUUUACCCGGGUGUGGGCCACGAAUUCAGUACGGAGAUGAAGAAAGACGCUGUGCGGUUUGUCCUUGACACGGUGGCGCUGGCGGAUAGCAAGGAUAGCAAGGAUGAGGCCGCAGCUCCUAAAAUUUAG